CAUUAACCUCACUACUGAUUACAGCGGUUUCCCAACCCAUAAGCCUCUCACCUCUCAUCUGAGGCUCCUGACACAAAGUUCACCUCUCUCCUCAUUCACCAGCAGAGCGCCCUAGGCUGCAGGCUCGAAGCUGGAUUUGUUUCCUCUGUAGUUCACCUCACAUCAGAAAAAAGUUUUUUUGGGAGUGUUGGAAUCAUGGGGGCAUCUGGAUAUGGAUAUUACCGGACUUCUAUUUUUCUGGCCAUGUUUGUGGGUUACACUUUAUACUACUUCAAUCGGAAGACCUUCUCAUUUGUGAUGCCGUCCUUGAUGCAAGAGAUUACACUUGACAAAGAUGAUCUGGGCCUCAUCACCAGCAGCCAGUCUCUGGCCUAUGCCAUCAGUAAGUUCAUCAGCGGCGUCCUCUCAGACCAGCUCAGUGCGCGCUGGCUCUUCUCCAUCGGACUGUUCUCGGUGGGCGGCAUCAACGUGAUCUUCUCCCUGUCCUCCAGCGUCGCUGUCUUCUCUGGCCUCUGGUUCCUGAAUGGCCUGGGACAAGGCCUCGGCUGGCCACCAUGUGGGAAGGUGCUGCGCAAGUGGUUCGAGCCGUCCCAGUUUGGGACGUGGUGGGCCAUCCUGUCGUGCAGCAUGAACCUGGCCGGAUGCUUGGGACCCAUUAUAGCCACACUGAUGGCAGAGAGCUACAGCUGGCGGACCACGCUCUUCAUCUCGGGCCUCACCUGCCUGGUGGUGUCCGCCUUCUGCCUGGUGUUCAUCAAGAACGAGCCCAGUGACGUCGGACUGCCCAACAUUGAGGCCGGGGCAAAGAAAGGGAAAGGAGAUUCCUCCAGUGACGACAGCACAUUGAAAGAGUUCCUGCUGUCCCCUUAUUUGUGGGUGCUAUCUCUGGGCUAUCUGGUGGUGUUUGGUGUGAAGACUGCCUGCACUGAUUGGGGGCAGCUCUUCCUGAUCCAGGACAAGGAGCAGUCAGUGCUCAUGGGGAGCUCUUUCAUGAGUGCACUGGAGAUCGGAGGCCUGAUAGGAAGUAUUGCUGCUGGAUAUCUCUCUGACCGAGCAGUAGCCAAACAAGGGCUCCGUCUUCAAGGGAACCCUCGGCACACCCUCCUGCUGUCGAUGAUGGCUGGGAUGUGUGUUUCUUUGUACCUCUUCCGGGUCACGGUCACUCCAGACAGCUCAAAUCUCUGGAUCCUGUCUCUUGGGGCUGUUUUUGGCUUUUCUUCAUACGGACCAAUCGCACUGUUUGGUGUAAUAGCCAAUGAGAGUGCCCCUUCAAAUUACUGUGGAACUUCACAUGCCAUUGUUGCUCUCAUGGCCAACAUUGGUGGCUUCCUGUCCGGCCUGCCAUUUAGCACCAUCGCCAAAUAUCACGGCUGGAACACGGCCUUCUGGGUAGCCGAGGUGACCUGCAUCAUCACUACCAUCAGCUUCUUCUUACUGCGCAACAUCCGCACCAAGAUGGGCCGCCUCCCCAAGAAGUCUGACUAAGCAGCGGCUCGCUAAGAAGCACGGCAGAUGUGGCAUCCUGUCCUUACUUAAAGAGACCAAUCUCAGUGUACAGUUCUCCAUCUCUCUGUCAUACGUAUUACGCCUGUCUGGUAAAGAAUUCAUGGAUUUACAUUUCUUUUUACACAAAUACCUAUUGCACAGACGACUUCACAAGUUCUAACCAGCGUAGCACAGUGCCAUCUCAAAAUGAAACGUCCUAAUUGCUUAGGUUGGAAAACUAAGCAUCAUGCACCACGGAAUUUUCUCAUCAUAACAUAAGGGUGAUAUUUCUAAUCUCAGUUCUCAAAAGGAAAUGACCCAGAAACAGCAUCAUCUCAAGAGAUGGGGCAAACAUUUCUCUAAACUUCUAAAAUAAAGAGGCACUCUUUACAUACACAGAAGACACUUCAUGUCUUAUUUUUUACACAGCAGUAAGUUAUUCAUGUUUAUUUUCUCUACCUACGGUAACAAUGUGUACUGCUCGUUGAAAAGUGAAUCCUGCACCACAGUACCUAUUUUGUAGAAAUGACCAGUGGUAUUACUGUAGUAUUUUAUUAAAACUAUAUGAUGAGAUAUGUGCAUUAUAAAUAUUUGCAUUGCAUUUUUAUUGUAUGCAGAUAUUUGCAUAUAAUCUCACUUCACAAAAUAUGGAAUGUCAACCACGGGCAAUAGCUUUGGUACUGAUGUGCCUUGCCAUAGAAACUAGUAUGUCUCACUUUGUAACACGAGGAGUAUUCAUUUAUAGAGUUAAGUAUUAAAACCAUCUCUGUCUUACCAGCGUUAUAGUUGGACGUAUGCAGGGAAAUAUGUUGUCUCUGUCUCUCGUAGUUCUACCUCCACAGUUCAUACCACAUACAUGAAUUUGAGUGAGUGUCAAGUGCAAAUUGCACCGUUGCACAUGAAGACAAGCAUGAAAUACUAAAACUGCAUUCCCUUUUUGCAGGACUAAAUCCUGACAACAGUUUUGUGAAUUUGGUGAUUCAUUUUAACAAUGUCAUAACUGAACUGUAUUGUGAAGUAAAACUUCAAUGUAAACAAUACUGAAACAACUACAUUGUAAGGUACUUGACAGACAGAUUUGUUUUAAAAAGAAGUCAUUUUUUUUGUUUUAUAGCACAAAGCAUGUAAUACUACAACUGCAUUCCGAUCUCCGUCUCAAUUCUGACGACUUUGUAACUGUUUUGUUGUUGUUGUUGUUGUGUUUUUGGUCUUGUCAUUAAUUUAUGUUUUAAUUGAAGUAUUAUUAAAAUGUUGUGUAAACAAUA